AACCCCAAAGGUCUCGCCGUAGCCGCCGCCGGACCUCUCUUCCUCGCUCUCAUCCCCGUCACGAACUGGAUCUCGCAACCCGGCGGCUUCCUCGAGAAGGGCGUCAACGGCGUCAUCGGAGGCGUAGGCCUCCUCGCAUCCGCCGGCGCGUCCACCCACAUCGCUCAGGGCGGUAAGAUCGCAGCUCUGGCUGCUAUAUACGCCACAGCCACAUACGCUCUAUCUGGAGCCGCUAGCGCUGGAGGUCAAGAUGCGGGUACGCAGGGAGGACGGGACAACAACCAUCCUCGCGCGGCGCUCGCCAACUUGCAGGGUCUGCCAUUGAGGUUGUACUCCGCCCACCAGCAUCUGAUGGAGAUGUUCCCCGGCUGGGCUAUCGCCGCGGCCCUCGCGCAGGUCAUUUCGCCGAAUGAUCAGCACAUUAUCAACCUGUUGGGUCUGCAUGUUAUUGCUAAGCUCUUUGUGCACUACCCAGCAUACGUGCUCAACAACGGAGGCGUUCGCUCGGGGGCGCACUUCUUCGCUACCAGCGCCAUCUUGAACGUGCUGCUCCAGCUUGCGAGGAAGCCAUUGGUGUAG